CCAGUAACGACUAUUCCUAACUUGGAAAAACCUUAUGGAAUUGCUCUAAGAAAAUCAGGUGAAAUAGUAAUCACUGAAUGGGGUGGAGACAGAGUGUCCAUCCUCGAUAACAGGGGACAGACUUUCCUAAUGUUUGGAGAACGUGGGGAAACGCCAGAGAGUAUGACGUAUCCAGCUGGAGUAGCAGUUGACAAAGAAGAGAAGUAUAUUUAUGUUAGCAGCGAGCACAAGCUACAAAAGUUCAGUAGCCAGGGAGAAUUGAAGAAAUGUGUUGGUAAUGAGAAGGGUGGGAAGAAGGGAGAGUUUUACGAGUUUGAUGAUCCUCGUGGUCUAGCAAUAUACGAAGACAACCUUUAUGUAAGUGACCGUAAUAAUCAUCGAAUUCAAGUUUUUGACCUCGACCUGAACUUCGUACGAUCUAUUGGCUCAUGUGGCAAUGGAAUUAAUGAAUUUAAUGAACCAUUUGACGUUAAAUUUGACACUUCUGGGAACAUGUAUGUGGCUGAGUUUAGUAAUAAGAGAGUGCAAGUAAUUGACAGCAAAACUGGCCAAUUUGUUCGGUUUAUUGGUGAGGAAGAUGCCAAUAAACAUGCUACGUCAUUUCUCCGUAGAACAAUGGCGGAUAAGAACUAUAAUAAGGAGCUGCAUGUAGUCACUUCUAGGUCUCAGUCCGGGACGCCGCGAGGAGCCACAGCUCUCACUCUGACACUACUCCUUUUUCAGGCAUGUGCGUCGGGAGACAUAGUCCUCGUAACAAACUUGGUCUCGGAGCGAAAUGCCACCCCGUUCUCCAAAGACGAAUCGGGACGUACGCCGCUCGGAGUCACCUGCGAAGCCGGCCACGUACAGGUGGCUAAGUAUCUGAUAGAGACGGAAGGAGUCAGCCCAGGGUUCAGGGGAACGGACGGUGCCACUCCGCUUCAUUCAGCCGCCAGAGGAGGCCAUCUCACUGUGGUGAGAUAUCUGGUCGACGAGAAGGGAGUUGAUCCUUCCAGCAGGGACAGAGAGGGCCUCUCGCCUCUGGACUAUGCAAAGAAUAAUGUUAGGGAGUUCCUCAUCUGUUGUAAUGUGCGUGGAUCAAAGGGCAACAGAUUUCUACCUGUAGAUGCCUCCGUUUCAUUUGCUUCCACUAACACUUCCGUGUCGUGUCACAGUCCCAUUGUUUUGCCAUUCGUGGGACCACCUCUAACGGAACGGCUGAUGUCUGGUGUGUUAACCAAUUCCACGAAGUAUAAUGCUCUGACCCACAACAAGCCAUGUCCAGAAGGAAGUAGAGCUCUGUUAAAUGCAAGUCAAAACGGCGACCUGACUCGUGUGAAGAAACUGGUGGACGACAGACACAUUGAUCCAAUGGCCUGCAGAGAUGAGAACAACUCCACCCCACUUCACCUUGCCUCUAGUCAGGGCCAUCUAGUAAUUAUGAGAUACUUUGUCAACACGAAACACUGCGACCCAGAAUCCACAGAUAACGACAAGAACACUCCCCUCCAUCUUGCUGCAUUAGGUGGACACCUUAGUGUAGUCCAGUACCUGAUCAACGAAAAGGGUUGUAAUCCGAUGGGUAAAGGGGACAAAGGUAUGACCGCUCUUCACUGUGCGUGCAAGGCAGGCAGUUUCAAUGUGGUCAAGUUCUUGGUAGAGGAAAGGAAAGUAGACGUCUCGUCUCCUGAUGAUAGUGGUGCCACUCCACUGCAUGUUGCAGCUCAGUUUUCACCGCUAGACAUCGUAAAAUAUCUUGUAGAGAAGCAUGACUGUGAUGUAGGGUGUAUGAACCAUUACGGGCUUACCCCCCUCCACGGUGCAGCAGCGAGUGGUAAACUGAACACCGUCCAGUACCUAAUCGAUGAGCAGGGCUGUGAUCCAAUGUGUCGAGGCUGGAUGGGUGUGACGCCAGUCCACUCUGCCUGCGAGGCCGGCAGUCUCGAUACAGUCAAAUGGCUUGUUGACAGCAAGAACGUGGACUGUGCGAUCCAGUGUGAUGAUGGUUGCACCCCACUCCAUGCAGCAGCUCAGUUUGGAGCACUGGAUUUAGUGCGGUAUCUAGUCGAGGAGAAACACUGCGAUUAUGAGUGCAAAGACAAGUAUGGGAACACUCCUCUUAUGCAUGCUGCAGCCGGAAAUAAGGUGGAAACUCUCAAAUACCUUAUUGGUGAAAAAGGAUGUGAUCCGAUGGUUAGAGGCAUGAAUGGCCUGGGUCUUUUUCACUGUGCGUGUAUAACAGGUGCACUGCCUGUGGUAAAAUACUUGAUUGAAGAGAAGAAGCUUGAUCCCUUUUGUGUAGACGAACAUGGCAUUACUCCACUUCACGUUGCAGCCCAGUUCGGAACUUUACCUCUGGUAAGACUUCUCUCUGAACAUCCGACUUAUGUCGCCGACUUCAAAGACAACUUUGGGAACACUUUACUUCUUCAGGCUGUUCAUGGAGGAAAACUAGACAUUGCGAAAUAUCUGGUUGACGAAAAGGGCUGCAAUGCCUUGUGUACAGGCAUGAAUGGCUUGACUACUAUUCACCUUGCAUGUCAGCUUGGUAGACUUGAUAUGGUGAAAUACUUGGCUGAAAAGGGAAAGGUUGAUGCCUCGUGUAGGGAUGGCGAUGGGGCAACUCCUCUUCACACGGCAGCUCAGUUUGGAACAUUAGACACAGUGCGAUAUCUAGUUCAAGAGAGAUGUCUUGAUGUUGAAGACAGAGAUGGUGUUGGUAACACUGCUCUCCAUUGUGCCGUAUUGGGGGGAAAGCUGGAGAACCUUCAGUACUUGAUGCGCGAUGGAGGCUGUGACCCAAUGAGUAGAGGUCAGAAUGGGUACACUCCACUUCACUGUGCCUGCGUGACUGGCGAUGUUGUUAUCGUGAAAUACUUGCUUAACAACCCAAGGGUUAAGCCUUCAUUCCCAGAUGGGACUGGUGCUAGUCCACUCCACUUGGCUGCGCACUAUGGGCAUCUUUCAGUUCUUAAACUUAUGAUAGGUGAGAACUUGUGUGAUCCUGGAAUUAAAAACCAGGAUGGAUUGACUCCAAAAGAUGUAGCCGAAACCUGGGGUCACACUCAAGUCAAAUCAUACCUCUCUUCUAUUGAAAACACAGCAUCUACUAAUCUGACAAAGAUCGUUGAAACUGAGCUGAAAAUGUACAUCAAAAAGGCCACACCAACUGGAGUUGUCUUGGGGAGUGGAACCUAUGGCUCUGUCAUUGAACUAGCAUCAGCUGGUGAAAUUCUAGCUGGGAAAAGUUUCAGAGCGUUUUCUGAUGUGAAACAACUCUCGUUAGUGGCUCAGUUGUGUGGCGAGCUAAACAUGAUGAUGCAGCUCAGUCACAAGAACAUUGUCCAGUGUAAAGGGGUGAGUCUGCUUGUAGACCAUCCACUGCCUCUUCUUCUGAUGGAACGGAUGAUGACAAGCCUCCAUGCCUACCUCCUCAAACCAGACAACUCUGACAUUCCAGUCAAGAGAAAGGCCUCCAUCCUCUUAGACACAGCCAGUGGACUGGAGUAUCUUCACAGCCGCACACCUGCCGUAAUCCAUCGUGAUUUGACUGCAACCAAUGUCCUCCUAGACUCACAGCUGACGGCCAAGAUAACAGACUUUGGAAACUCUCGAAUUAUCGACCUUGACCCUGGUGCUACUCCUGAAACUCUGACCUCGAUACCAGGAACUCUAGAGUACAUGCCUCCCGAGGCACAGGGAGAAGAUUAUGACCCCAGCCUGGACGUGUUCUCUUUUGGACACCUGUCUCUCUUCACUGUCAUUCAAUCUCCAGUUCACCCACUCCUCCCUCCCAAUUACACUGACUCCAGAAAAAAAGUGCGUACUGUAAUCGAAGUUAAGAGAAGGGAGCGUUUUUUGGAGAAAGCCAAGCAGAUACUGCCAGAGGGCCAUUCUCUCCUGAAAUUGAUCGAGGAUUGUCUUCAGAAUCGACCUGCACUAAGACCUCGCAGCAAGGAGCUAGUGGCACAACUCAAAGAAAUCCUAUUUUCCCUUGGAGGGAGUGCAGGAGAAGCUGAAGGGCAAACUGGUAGGUGA